GAAUGUAUGUGAGAAGACGCUCAAUGCCCAGGGCUUUCCCAUUAUGGACUCCUCCGAAGUGUGUGCCGAGAUGAGUUGUUUGCCUUUGGACCACGAAGCCCUUGCGCUUUUGAGGCGCUUGCGGCCCCAGGAGGCCUUGCAAGUCCUGCAGCAGGUGAGCAUACAAGGGAUUAACAACAACAUGUCGAGCUACAUCAAGAUCAAGGUGAGAUCGAAGCUGGGUGAUCCAGACAACACCGAUGAGGAUCCCAAGAUGCCGCAGCCUGUCCCGGCGAAGACGGAGCCUCGACCUUCGGCGGCCACGCCAGCGCCAGCCACGCCGGAGCCAACGCCGGAGCCGGUGAAGCGGCCAGCGGAAGAGGCACUGGAGGAAGCCAACGAGGACGACUCUGAAGAUGAGGACUUUGACCUCCUCCCAGAGGAGAAGGAGCCCACCUUGGGCUCUGGCUUUAUAGAGGAAGAGCCCACAGAGAAGCAGCUGGAGGCGUUCGGCCGGUGGAAGCAAGAGGCGCAAGACUCCUUGGAGGCUGGGGAUGUAAAGACUUCCCUGGAACGGCUCACUGAAGUCAUUGAGGGCGGGGGCGGCUCCGCUCUCAUGCUGACGAAGAGAGGUGAGCUCCUGUUGAAGGAGCGAAGGCCGUUGGCAGCCAUCCAGGACUGCUCUGCAGCCCUACAAUUGAAUCCGGAUCUGGGCAAAGCCUACCGCGUCCGUGGCAUCGCACAUCGGAAGCUCGGGAAGUACAAAGUGGCCAAGUCCGACCUUGCACAGGCCCAAAACUUGGACUUUGAUGAAGGCGUCAGCUUCAUUGAGAAGUUUGUCAGCGAGAAGGUGCGCCUGGAGGAGCGACGCCGAAAGAGGCACCAUUUGGGCAACCAACGGAAUGUCCUGAAAAUUUGGUGCCGAUGA